AUGGCUGUUGAAGCUCGGCAUCUCAGCCUUUUUCCUCCACAGAUUAUUAGCAAUAGAGAAAUGGCGAUGAAUGUUAUUGAAGGCAAUGGAAAUACGUACAGUACUCCGUUGGCAUACGGAGCGGUGGCUACAACGACGGCGACGCAGACUGUGCUUCCUUUGUAUGGUUCAGUGAUUAGCGAUUUGGCUCCGGCGAAGACUGGUACAAUGAAAUCGGACAGUAGUCUCACGUAUGCCCUUCCUAUUUCUAGAAAGCGUUCAAGAGAUGCAAUCAAUCCUCUGCUUUCAUCGUACCCUAGCGUUUCCCACAAUCAAAAUGCAAAUCACAGUUGCGGUUCCAUCACUUUCCUCGGCGAAGAUAUUUCUUUUCAAAUUCAACAACAGCAAUCAGAAAUUGAUCGCUUUAUUACUCAACAUAUGGAUAAAGUGAGGAUGGAAAUUGAAGGUACGCGAACGAGAUAUUCUCAGAGAUUAGCGGCGGCAGUUGAAGAAAACAUAAUGAAAAAACUGAAAUGUAGAGAGGAAGAAGUUGAGAAGAUUGGGAAAUUAAAUUGGGCGUUAGAAGAGCGAGUGAAGUCUCUAUGCGUGGAGAAUCAGAUAUGGCGAGAUUUGGCUCAAACAAAUGAAGCCACAGCGAAGACCUUGAGAUGCCAUCUCGAAAAAGUCCUCACUCAAGUCAAGGACGAACAGCAACAGCAGCAACAACGCCACUGCGUCGACGAUGCCGCCGCGGCGUUGAUCGACGACGCAGAGUCAUGCUGCGGCAGCAACUUCGACGAAAACGACCGGCUCGUAUUACCGGAAUUCUCCUCCCGGGAAUUUGUCAACAAUUCCAACGGUGGUGGUGCGUGUACGAAGAGAGUGGACAACACUGUAGUGAGUAACAAGAACAGGAUGUGCAGGCGGUGUGGGAAAGAGGAAUCAUGUGUGCUGCUUUUGCCGUGCAGGCAUCUCUGCCUCUGCACUGUGUGCGGGUCGUUCCUCCAUACUUGCCCCAUAUGUAACUCCACCAAAACCGCUAGUGUUCACGUUAAUCUUUCCUCCUGA